AUGAAUGCAAAAAGGUCCGAACCGACGGUCUGUUCACCUACUCAACACACAGUGAAAAACUAUGCAGCUCGGUUGCACUCUGACUUCUGGGCCUUCCGGCCUGGUUAUCUUAUAGGCAAUACAGCAAUAUACUUUAUUUCAUCUGGUGGUGGCAGUGGAAUAACUGGAGCAAGUGCUGCGGUUAAGUUUACGUGUCCUGACGGCAGCUGCAUUGACAUGCGUUGGCUCUGUGACGGGGAUGAUGACUGCGGGGACGGCACGGGUGAGAAAGUAACGACUUGCAGAACGAAUUCGACAGCUGCCUGCGGCAACACAAACCUAACUGGAACAGAAGGAACAAUAAAGAGUCCGAAUUAUCCAUCAAAAUACCCGAAUGACAUUACGUGCAUCUACCAUAUCAUCGCCGAUGCAUCCACCACGAGAAUUUAUUUCAAAUUUGACAAUAUCUUCGAUGUCGAAGAUGACCCGACAUGCCAGUACGAUUACAUAAAGAUAACGACUGAUGGCGUCAAUGCUAAUAAGCAUGGCCCACUCUGCGGAACAACUGCCCCAACACCGUUCAAUGUUCCUGGCAACCAAGCGGUCGUAGUGCUUAUGGCCGACAGUUCUACCGUCAGUAAAGGCUUCCGGGUCGACUUGGAGGCUCAUGGUAACUGAAGAAAAGCGUUAGAGUCGAGCAACAGAUUUAAACGAACUGUUUUGAUAUAUUUCAAAUAAAUAAGUUUGUGUAACUAG